AUGGCUUCAGAAAGAGAUCAUACCGCCGCAGGUGCUGUAGCCUCGCCUGAGGAAACACACAACGCAGCCGACACUCAGAACGCGCCGGCUAACGACGACCAGAGCGACAAUGUGUCUUCCAACGACCAUGUUCGCGAUGAGAAGGUCGCUCCAGGGCCAACCAAAUGGCAAAAAGUCAAGAGUCAUUUUGCGCGGUUCAAAUGGUGGUAUUUGCUGGGUCUGGUCAUUUUUCUCGCCAUUUUACUACCAAUAAUGUUCGUUUAUAUCAUUCCGGCAAUCGUUCAAAAUAUCCUUAAUGGCCAGAAACUACCGAUCGAUGGAGGCGCUCUGCAAGUCAUGUCGCCCACAGAGGUCAACAUGAGCAUCAUCACAUCGCUAGAUACACCGAUCGCGGCAACUCUCAAGCCCGUCGACCUCUAUCUAUACAACAAAGAGACAAAGGCGUAUUCUUCAUUCUUGAAACUUCACCUACCGGAGCAACACCUCAACCACAAAAGAGAAGUCACCGUCACAAACCAGACAUUGAAGGUGACCAACGAGACGGAGCUGACCAAAUGGUUCAACCUAUUCUUCGAUAAGCCGGAUGUAGAGCUGUCCCUAAAGGGUAAACCCGAAGUUCACCUCGGCGCUUUGAAAUACCAUCGCAAGCUUGAAAAGACAGUCGAGAUUCUGUCUCUCAAUUACCUGGAUGGCUUCGCUCUGAAAGAUUUGACAUUCGAUCUGGCUACCAACAGGACAUCAAAGUACAACAUGAAGGGAAAUCUUAACAUCCCAAACUCUGGAGUGUUAAGACUUGGCCUUGGAGACAUGCAGUUCAACGUCAUGACCGGCGAUAUAAGGGUAGGCUUGAUCAACUUGCCAGACCUCCAGCUCUGGCCUGGUAACAACUCAGUACCUUUUGAAGGCAACUUCUUCUUCGAUCAGCUGGUUCCCAACCUUUCAGAAAUCCUCAAUAGCCAGCAAGGAGCUUUGAAUAAUGGCUAUAUGGAGUUCAACGCAACAGGUAACUCUACCAUGGUCAAUGGGGAGCAUAUCAAGUACAUGGAAGGUGUCUUGAACUACAAGCACAUUAGGUUCACCUUCCCUGUCAUUUCGCUGGUCGGUGAUGUCCUCGGUGGUUUGUUGGACGCAGACCAGGGCUCUCUCUUGAACAUCUUUGGCGGAGCCGUUGGCAACUCUACCUUAAUUGAACAUGUCUUGGGUCACUGGGAUGGUGAAGAUGGGGGAUCCUCAAGCAACAAGACAACCCGGGGAUUGUUAGCUAGAGGCAAGAACGUAAAGCCCAGGUCAUGGAUGUGGAGUCUUCUCAAGUUGGGAUUAACAAGGAAGGGUCUGUGA